CAUAGCCGUGCCACAAUGUAUGUAGUCAGCCAAGUUGCGCCGCCAACUUGCCUGCCCUAGAUAAGGCUUAGCUCGCAUGUUUCGUGUUCAUUGGCCAUCACCUUAUUUUGCGGAGUAACCGUCUUCGCGUUUUGGGCCGGAGUACCGACUAGUACUUCGGGAAGACAUGGCUUUCCCACCCCACAGACCGCCUCUAGGCAUGCCCGGAAUGCCGGGCAUGCCGCCUAUGUUAGCACCGCCGUACACCAUGCCACACAUGGUCCCUGGAGGCAUGAUACCAAUGGCCAUGAUGCCACCAAUGAUGGCUCACGUGGCCGUGACAGUGCCUCCGUCGAUUCCAAUCCUGGCGCAGCCGCCGCAGCAGCCUUCGCCGCAACCGCGCUCGCAAGGCAAGCGUGGCCACGGUUCAGGCUCUGGCUCGGCAGUUAUCGAGAAGAAACCGCUCGUGCGCCGGAACCAACAGUCGCACGAAAACACAUCCAAAGGGCCCCCUGUCACAGUCUUUGUGGGCAACAUCACGGAAAGAGCGUCUGACAACCUCAUCAGGCUCAUUCUUCAGCGGUGUGGCACCGUGGUCAGCUGGAAGAGAGUCCAAGGCGCCAAUGGCUGGCUCCAAGGCUUCGGCUUCUGCGAGUACGGAGAUCCAGAGUCUGCCAUGAGGGCCAUACGCAUCCUGCACGACUGGGAGAUUGGAGACAAAAAGCUUGUGGUGAAAGUGGAUGCCAAGACCAAGGAGAAGCUAGACGAAUACAAGGCGAGCAAGCGGACCACCACUGGGCAGCAACAGUCUCAGCAGCAACAGCAGCCCGGCAGCACAACAGAGGGCACUCCAGCUGCAGACGGCGCCAAUUCCGAAGCCAAGCCGCAGCCGACGGAUGAUAUAGACGAGGCCACCUGGCGCCAGGACAGGGACACGCGGGAGUCCAUCUUGCAUCUGCUGCGGUCGCACGCCAGCGAGCUCACUCGGGGCACCGAUCGCGAGCGAGAACGAGAGAGAGAAAGAGACGGCGACAGGGGUGGUGGCGGCAACAACGCAGCCACAAGAUCUCCACGUAACACUCGACGAACCAGCCCUGAGCCCGAAAGGGAGUACAGGUCCAGCAAAAACCACCGUCUGAUGCAAGAACUGGAUGAGAUGGACAUUGAGGAAGACAAGCGGAACUUAAUCACGAGGGAAAUCGACAAAUUCCGGGACACGUAUAAGAAACAGCAGGAGGAAGACCGCGAUCGGGAGCGGGAGCGGCGCCGAGAGCGCAAGGAACGGCGGGAUCGAGAACGCAGCCCGGAUCGGUCGUUGCGCAACCGCGACAAGGACCGCUCACGAGACUUGGCCAAAGAUGACCGGGCCGAGGAGAAGUCGAGCCGGGACCGAGAUCGGGACAGGGACCGCGAGGCGUCUCGCGAGCCCAAGCCGUCAUCCGACUCGGCGCAGCCGGCUUCUUCGUCGACGUCGCAGCCGCCACCCUCGCGGUCGGACAGGCCGCCUUCCAAGUCCCGCUCCGAGUCUCCCGAGCGCGACUGGGUGCGAGAGCGAGAACGGGAGAGAGAACGGGAACUUCGGGAGGUGAUGAGGCCCCGAGAUUCAGAACGUGACUGGGAGCGUGAGAGGGAAGAGGAAGAGGAAGCGUACGAGCGCAAGAAGCUGGAGAGGAAGCUGCGCGAGAAAGAAGCUGCCUACCAGGAGAGAUUGCGCAAUUGGGAAGCCAGGGAGCGACGAAAGGCCAAAGAGUAUGAAAAGGAGCGGUUAAAGGAGGAAGAGAGGCAGGCAGAAGAGGCGAAGGAAGCACGCAGGCUGAAAGAGUUCCUGGAGGACUACGAAGACGAGAGAGACGAUGUCAAGUAUUACAAGGGAGCUGCCCUGCAGCGCCGCAUGAAGGACCGCGAGAAGGAGAUCGAGCUGGACAACCGCGACCGACAGCGAGAACGUGAGGAGCUCGAGGAUCUCCGGCGGAAGCUGACGGAGGAGGGCCACCCCGAUCCGGAGGCCGAAGCCAAGCGCAUCCACCACGAGGAAGAGGCCCGCCUGCUGAAGCCGCAGCCGCACCUGCUGCCUGUGGUGCGGCCAGAACCCGAGCCUGAGCCCGAGCCGAGGGGACGGGACGUGUCCUCACCCCCUGCGCGGCGGUCUUCGCAGCACAGCCGGGCGCCCGUGUCGCCCAAGGCCGAGCCGCGAUCGCCGCCUCCGCGCCGGGAGAACUCAUCCGCGCGUCGCACGCGGUCGCCUUCACCGCAGUCCGCACCCUCCACGGGGCCAGCAGUGACCGCGGAAGAAGACGGGAGUGGCCAGAACAGUCUGUCGGGUUUUUCGGACGUGGCAACACCGCAGGAAGAGGGUCGGAGCAUGGGAUUUGGUGUUCUCAAGUUGGGCGGAAGCCCUGGCCAGCAAAGUGGCCGCAAGAGCCCCCCGUCGAGCAGCAAGCGCAAGAAGCUGUCGGCGGCCGCGUCCCAAGUGUUUGGCAACGCGGAGGAAGAGGAGUCCGCGGAGAGCCGCAAGAAGCGCAAGCUGGUGCCCCUGGAGGACGAAGAGGCCCGGCAACAGCAGCAGCAGCAGCAACAGCAGCAGGUGCAGCACAUGAACACCGAGGAGAAGCGCAAGCACAUCAAGAGCCUCAUCGACCGCAUACCCACGUCGAAGGAAGAGCUCUUCAACUUCAACUUCGACCGAAGCCUCGUGGACAAUGCGCUGAUGGACAAGCGCAUCCGGCCCUGGAUCAACAAGAAGAUUGUAGAGUACAUUGGCGAGGAGGAACCCACGCUGGUGGACUUUAUCUGUUCCAAGGUGCUGGCCGGCAGUGCGGCACAGAGCAUACUCAACGACGUGUCUAUGGUGCUGGAUGAAGAAGCCGAAGUAUUUGUUGUCAAGAUGUGGCGACUUCUCAUCUACGAAAUCGAAGCCAAGAAAGUGGGAUUAGUGAAGUGAUGAGACUUGUACGCUUUUCAACAUUUAGGGACCUUUUUCUUUUUUUUUUUUCUUUUUCCUCUUUAUACACAUGAGCGGCCGUUCAGUGGACAUUCUUUCGUGACGACGUUCUCAGUAGGUUUGUUACAAAACUUGUCACCAACCACUGCCGCCCACCAUCUUACCUGUAAAUAUUGUCAAUUCUUCUUCCACUGCAUUUUUUAUGUAGAGUAUUCUUCUUCUCCUCUCUUUCACACACAUCUCUUCAUUGUACAAUGCACCGCUGCAAUUAAGGUAUCAGACUGGAAGAUGCCGACGCGACUCGAGGAGGUUCAAAAGAAGCGUGGCGGGGAAGCGUGCCCGCCAGACAGCAAGUUUUACCUACGCUUUCCCAUUGACAGAGUUCCGGGCAAGUUACCGAGAACAGAGUUCUGCAAAUUUUGGAAGCAGGAUGCUUCCAUUGUACCUAUACGCUUUUUGUAAAUGGCCUGUAUUCAAAUAGCACGAGUGCCAUCUGGUUUGUUUUUUUUUUUCUUCUGCUUUAUUUGUCUAUACUAUUUUUCUAAGUGACCAGGCUAAGUCAGUGUGUAUUGUGUAAGUGUCAUUAAAAAACGAGGGACAGUUCCGUUUCCUCCAACAAUGCAA